AACUAGUUUUUCAACUAUCAGGUCUAGACCUUGUUUGGCAAAUAGCUGCUUUGACUGGCUCAUUAAAAAAAACUUAGUUCUCUGGUAGUGAAAUAUGGUGAGGGUGUGCAUGGAAGUAGAGAGGCUGUUGCACAGUUUGUUUGGCCAAACAUAGCUUCAGAGAAUCAGAGUUUGGCUUGCCUUUUGCUUUGCAAGAAAACUGCAUUCAACAAACUACCUGGGACAGCAAAGAGGCUUUAUCAGUGUCAAGUGAAUCUGAAAAUAUCAAGGAUUCCAUUGAUUGCCUUCCACUGUGCAGCAGCUCAAGAUUACUGUCAUCCAUUUCUGAGAAACCUGAAAGCCGCGGAGGGGUGGGUCCCUCAUCAACGCUUUCGGCAUAUGGGAAAAAGGUGUCAACACUCUGCCUGCUGACAAAAGACACGUCCAGGUCAAGCUUGGCGGAUUCAAACGGUCUGCCACUGGCAGCUCUCCUGAGUACAUACUCAUCAUCUUUGAUCCAAGAAAUAGGAAAUGGAGAAGAGACAUUUAGACAGGGAAACAGUGCACCCAUAAGUUUCCAUUGAACAAACAUAGUACAGAUCAUGUUAUUAAAGCAGUUUCAUGUGCAUAAAACAAGCACAGGAGAAGGAGACUGACUUGAUAUCGUUCUGUAAAACGCCAGCAGGUGGCUCUAGAGCUGCCAAAGAGCUAGUUUUUGGAUUGUGUGUUGGAGGUAAGGGUAAGUCAGGUGCAGCAUUUGCUUUGUUGCUACUCUGCUGUGCCAUCUGGUGCCGAAGUGGAUGGAUAAAUGGCGGUAGCCGGGAAGCAGACCGCGUGGAUGAUAUCUUCCCAGUUUUGGAUAUGACGUACACGGCGCAGAAAUCCGGGGCCAAUUUCAACGUGUUUCCAGGAACGCGAGCAUUUCAUUACAUGGCGGCGGCGGCGGCGGCUUCGCUUAUUCCGGCGGUCAAUUCGUACAGCCGAAUCCCUUCUCCAGGAAAAAAUUGCAAAUAUGUUGGCCAAUCUGUGAGGGCGUUGCCAAUCCGGGUAUUGACGGUUGGAAAGAAGAGAUCGCCCGGUGUUCAAUUGAUAGUUGAUGAGUAUCUUGAAAAGGUGAGGCAUUACUGCCAUGUAGAUGAUGUGCGGAUUAAAUCCAAUCCGAAGAAUGCCCGUGACGUGACUGCUCAGAUUGAACACGAGAGCAUGUCCGUGAUCGGUGUUCUUCGUCCCGACGAUUGGGUGGUAAUGGUAGAUGAGCAUGGAACUGAUGUUUGCUCUGAGCAGAUGGCUUCUUUAAUUGGGGAUGUUGGGAACAUGGGAGCAGCGAAUUUGGUCUUUUGCAUAGGCGGGCCUUAUGGACACGGACGACAUUUGCAAGAGCGAGCAAAUAUAUCGAUCAAGUUGUCAUCUUUGGUCUUAAAUCAUGAGGUUGCAUUAGUUGUAUUGGUGGAGCAACUUUACAGGGCAUGGACCAUUCUCAAGGGACAGAAUUAUCAUCAUUAGAUGGCAUGCUUUCUUAAAAGACACCAGCCUGCUCCUUUAGGAAAAAAAAUGGGAUUCAUUAUAGUUUCACCAGGCAAGGAAGCAGUUUGAGGCAUUCAAACCAGAUUGCAGAAAAAGACCAUAUAAUGUAUGUAUCAAGAGAGAGAGAGAUGAAUGAAAAAAUGUAAAGGGU